AUGGCGUCUUCAGAAGAAACCCCUCUGAUUCCACCAGGAACAGAUGCCGUGGAAUUGUCGGAAUCGAUGGAGUUGAGACUUUACAAGCAAUCGCGUUCAGUCGCCGCUUGGAAAAGGUUCUGUGCCUUUGCAUUUUUUGGGCUUCUGUUCAUUCUGGGGUUCAACCUGGUGUUUCUGCCGCGAACGUCUCUCAGCCGUGAUCUCAGGCGAAUCCACGGUGACAGACUUACCGCUUUCGAUGUGCAAAAGACGUUUUUGGAAACGUUGGAGCAGGAGAACAAUGCCAGAGAGAUCCUAAAGAGAUAUACCUCUGAAAAUCACAUUGUUGGUGAAGGUUACGGAUUGGUGGAGUAUACCAAGGCAAAGUUCGAAGAGUACGGAAUCAAGACCCAUGUUGAAACCUUCUAUGUUUGGCUCAACAGACCCGUGGCCAACCACUUGAAAUUGCUUGAUUCAGAUGGAAACCUGGAAUAUCAAGCCAGUCUAAAAGAGGACGUUUUAGAGGAAGACGAGACCACUGGUGACAAGAACAGUGUUCCUGCCUUCCACGCCUAUUCAGCCAAUGGCAACGUCACGGCCAAAUUCGUGUAUGCUCAUUUUGGCCGAGUGGAGGAUUUUAAAGCCUUGAAGGAGGCUGAUGUUUCGCUCGAGGGAAAGAUCGUUAUAAUGAGAUAUGGUGCGAUUGUGCGUGGCCUCAAGGUCAAGUUGGCCCAGAGAUAUGGGGCUGUUGGUGUGGUUCUGUACACCGACCCAUACGAUGAUGGCGAAAUCAGGGUGAAAAACGGCUACAAGGCAUACCCAGAUGGACCCGCAAGAAAUCCCAGCUCCAUUGAAAGAGGUUCGGUGAUUUACUUCAGCGAUAUUCCCGGUGAUCCUACCACGCCUGGCUGGGGCUCCACCAAAAAUGCCAAACGCGUUUCUCCUCAAGACUCGAUGCCAAAGAUUCCUUCUCUGCCAUGUAGCUACAAUGACAUUAAGCCUAUUCUGGCUAAGUUGAACGGAAAGGGCCCAAACCUGGGAUGGGCUGGUGACGUUGACGAGUUUGACUACUGUGCUGGAACCUCCGAUGUUGAUCUCAACCUUUACAACGAACAGGACUAUCAAAUCAGGCCCAUCUACAAUGUAAUGGGUGAGAUCAAGGGGAUAAUGCCUGAUGAAGAGAUAAUUGUCGGAAACCAUAGAGAUGCGUUCAUUGUUGGUGGGGCUGGUGAUCCCAACUCGGGCUCUGUGGCUCUAAUUGAAACUGCCCGUGGACUUGGAGCUUUGUUGAAGAAGGGUUGGAAACCACUGAGAACCAUCAAGUUGGCCUCCUGGGAUGGAGAGGAAUAUGGAAUGCUUGGUUCCACUGAGUACGGCGAGAAAUAUGCCAGGCAUUUGCAGGACCACACGUUGGCCUACAUCAACCUUGAUGUGGGAGUGGCUGGGUCUGCAUUUGCUUUCAAGAGUAAUCCAAUGUUCAUGGAGUUGGGCCACAAGGUUGCCAAAGAGAUCCCUUUCCGCAACAAGGUGGAUUCAGGAUAUUCACUGUUUGACUACUGGUCUGAACAGAAUAAUGCUACCGUCAACACCCUUGGAGCCGGUACUGAUUACGUUGUUUUCCAGGAACACCUGGGAAUUCCCUCGAUGACCAUGGAGUUUCGCGAAGAUGGAGUUACCGACCCGGUGUAUCACUACCACUCCAAUUUCGACUCAUUUCACUGGAUGGACAAGUUCUGUGAUCCAACAUGGGAGCUGCAUUCGACCAUGGCCCAGUUCUUUGGAUUACUGCUUAUUUCUGUGACCGAACAGGAGGUUUCAGUGUUGGAUGUGAAAACAUACGCUGAGCAGAUCUCCAAGUACUAUUACGAUAUGAUUGCAACCAUUCCAAAGUCUUGGGUCGAUUACCUAUUGCUAUUUGAUGCUGAGGACGGGCAGACUCCGGCCUAUAUGAAAAAUACCAUCAAACAGCUACAAAUGGCCCAUGGAGCUCCCAGACUCAAGGAUCUUAUGGCCCUGGUUGAGUCUAAUAUCAAAGGUCUCAUUGAGCAUGCAACGAUUUACCAAAGCUACAAAGAAGACCUGCAGGACAAAAUCACCGAAGAUUACCCUUGGUUCAGGCUGUUCCACAAGGUCAAGAUCGCUGUCCAGAUAAAAGUGGCCAAUUUGAAACUUCUGAAACUGGACCGUCUGUUGCUAUUCAAAGAUGGUUUGAAAAAUAGAGUUUGGAUGAAACAUGUCAUCAUUGCGCCUUCCAGAGAGAAGGGCUAUGACGGAGACAUCCUCCCAGGUCUCCACGAGGCCCAGAUCGAUGGGGACUUCGACGAAUUCGUGCGCUGGUUGGUCAUCAUUGGCGACAAGAUAAAGCUCGUCGGUGACAAACUGAAAUAA